AAAAUGCUUACAAUAAUAAGCUUAGUGUAGGACAACGAUAAGGAAAGAGAACAAUGUUUAUGCGUAAUUAUCUUAUUGUAAUAAGCGCCUUGAUAACCGUGAUCAGCGGUCUUGAGAAGCCAUGUUGUGCAAGCAAAAAGUUUUUUGGCCAGUUAAAAGUGGUAACUGGCUCAGUUAAAAAUGGACAUCCGUCAGCAAUAGAGAAUACAUUUCAGAUGGAUUACAGCAGAGAUGCACAUAUAGAACGACUUGUAGGUUAUAUGUAUGAUGAUACGGACAAGACCACACAGUACUAUACGGUCUACAAUGAUUAUAAAACUGGUAGACGGUAUGGACUUUAUGGGAAAAACUCGACUACAUGUGUGGUGACAAUCAUUGACAAGGAUUCCCAAGCUGUGAAUUGUGUACCAAGCGAACUGAGACACGAGGGAACAAUUACAGUUGGCUCUGGCAAUACGUCUAUACAAGCUAACGUUUGGUCAGGGUAUGCCGAUAAUAUGCACUGGAGAAUGCAAACAUCGUCACGUGACUGCACUCCUAUAUCUCUCACACGAUAUGGCUCGGACUUACAUGGAUAUCCGGUCAUGGAGAGCACAACAUAUUUGAAUAUUACACAAUAUCGGCUGAGCGUGCCAGAUGCCCUAGAACUUCCGCCGCCGUGUAAAUUCGGUGGUAUUAUUAUUGGAAAGUGAUAAAGAUGGGGUAUGUGUGUUGUGAAAUAUAUUUUGUAUAUUAUGUUCUUUUGCGUCCUCUAAAAUAAAUGUGAAUGUUACGAA